CCGGCGGCGCGCGCUCCCUUUCCAAGAUGGCGGCGGGCAGCGGCGGCGCGGCGGGCCCUGGUCCUGUAGCCGGAAGGAGCCUGGACAGUGACACAUGCUCAAGGGCCCUGCAGCACCGCCAUGGCUCAUGCCGACUCCGAGAAGAAAGAAGAUGGCUUUGAUGAUGAUCACGGCUUCGAGGAUCUAGGACUUGUAGCUGGCCGAAGCCAAGGAGAAAAGAAGCGCUCUUACAAAGAUUUCUUAAGGGAAGAAGAAGAGAUCGCUGCUCAGGUCACGAAUUCUUCCAAGAAGAAGUUGCAGGAUACUGAGCUGUGCUUCUUGGGGACGGACAUGCACAGGAAGAAGAGGAAGCGCUCCCCUGAUGACUCCCACUAUGGAGAUAUUUCUUCUCUGGAAUCGGCACAAAAGAAAAAGAAAAGGUCCAGCCCGCAGGCUGCCGACACAGCUAUGGACCUGUUGAAAGCGAUCACUUCCCCACUGGCAGCAGGUGUCCGUCCCCCCAGAAAGGCAGGGGAGAAGUCCUCUGGCUCCUCGAGCCACGCGGGCCACAGGAGCCACUGGGAGAGUAGGCGGGAGCACCGCAGGAGGAAAGGCAGCGGGGAGCUCCCCCUGGAGGAUGGCAGCUCCCACACAUCCAAGAAAAUGAAGCCACUCUACAGGAACACGGAGACCCUGACCCUGCGUGAGCCUGAUGGCUUGAAGAUGAAACUGAUUCUGGCACCACAGGAGAAGGGCAGCAGCCCCGUCGAGGAGGAUUCUCUCCAGUACCCUUCUCAACAAGCCGCUGUGAAAAAGUCUUCUAGGAAGUCGGCUCGGGAUGAGCACGGUGCUUUCCUCCUAGGACGUGAGUUACAGAGCUUUCUGAAAACGGCCCGGAAGAAGCACAAGUCGUCCUCAGACCCGCGCUCCUCUCCUGGCCCUGAAGGCUGUGUCAGGUCAGAUGCUGCCCGCUUCCCAGAACCCCAGGGGGAUAACCUUGACCUUUCAGGGCUCCAGCCAAUUCUAGUGGAGUCAGACUCGUCCUCUGGUGGGGAGCUGGAGGCGGGCGAGUUGGUGAUAGACGAUUCUUACCGGGAAAUCAAGAAGAAAAAGAAGUCAAAGAAGAGCAAGAAGAAGAAAGACAAGGAGAAGCAUAAAGAGAAGAGGCACUCCAAGUCCAGGAGAAGCUCGGGGCUGCCUGCUGCUGCUGUGGGAGACAUCACGGUGACGCCGGGUCCCCCUCCCAGCGUGCCCUACCCUGGGGCUGCUGCUGCUGCCCCUCCACCUCUCAGCCUCCAGACAGAUGGGCAUGGAGAGAAGAAGAGAAAAGAGGAGAAGGACGGGUGUGUGGGGGGGAGGUAAAAUGUUUUUUGAAGGGGGUGAGGUUGGUAAGAGAUG